UCGAUCAACAGCGGAAUAUCGAUUUUGGUUACUGCAUCGGUAUGCAAAAGACACCAGAGUUUGCUAAUGAACUUUUAUUGGCACUAAGAGGAAGAGUAGAACAAGUUGCAGAAAUCACAAAAGCAGAACUCCACAAGCAUUGGCAUUGCAUUACCAAUCCCAGCUUCAGUUCGAGAGUACAACUCUUUUUCAACUUGUGUGAUAGAAAUAUGGAUGGAAGGAUUACUCACAUGGAAAUUAAGCAGGCUAUUUUGUUAAGCACCUCAUCUAAUAAACUCUCUGUGACUCAAAGAGAAGUAGAGCAAUAUGCUGAUCUGAUCAUGGAAAAACUAGACACUCAAAGCCUGGGCUACAUUGAGGUGUCCCAGCUAGAGACUCUCUUCAAACUAAACUCAUCUGAAGGCCAUUAUUCAACUGAUCUGAAAUCAUCAAGACCUGAUCAAGAUGAGCCAGGUAGAGAACCAUUUUCGACGGCUGAGAUCUUGUUUCGGACCCAUUGGCGACGAGCAUGGAUAGUGAUCUUGUGGUUGAUUGUCUGCUGUGCACUCUUUGGAUGGAAGUUCAGUCAGUAUAGCCAUAGGAAAGCAUAUGAGGUGAUGGGCUAUUGUCUCUGCACUGCCAAGGGAGCUGCUGAAACCUUGAAAUUCAACAUGGCUCUCAUCCUUCUCCCUGUUUGCCGGAACACGGUGACUUGGCUCCGUAAGCACCGUCCGAUUAGCUCGAUCAUUCCAUUUAAUGAUAAUAUCAACUUCCACAAGACGAUUGCAGGAGGGAUAGUUAUAGGUGUGAUCUUACAUGGAGGCACACACCUUGCCUGUGAUUUCCCAAGGAUCAGUGGCUCUGAUAGCACAAUUUUCCAGCAAACAAUCGCUGCCCAGUUCAGGUACCAUCAACCAUCUUACAUGGAGAUUUUGGCUACAACCGAGGCUAUGACCGGGAUUGCUAUGGUUAUUCUAAUGACCAUUGCAUUUUCUCUAGCAACAAAGUGGCCACGACGCCAGUCACCGUUGCUGCCUAGAUCUAUUCGACAAGUCACUGGAUUCAACACCUUUUGGUACUCACACCACUUGUUCAUCAUUGUCUAUGCAUUGCUCAUUGUUCACUCGAUGUUUCUUUUUCUAACCAAUGAUGUUACUGAGAAGACGACAUGGAUGUACAUUGCCAUUCCAGUUUUAUUGUAUUUUGGAGAGCGAACAUUUCGAGCUAUACGAUCAGAGUUGAGAGGCGUGAAGAUUCUAAAGGCAACAAUUUUCCCGGGAAAAGUUCUAUCCCUGAAAUUAGGCAAACUAGAAGGGUUCAAGUACAGAAGUGGCAUGUAUGUGUAUAUCCAAUGCCCUCAAAUUUCCCCAUUUGAAUGGCACCCAUUUUCCUUAACAUCUGGACCAGAGGAUGACCACCUAAGUGUGCACAUUAGAGCUCUUGGAGAUUGGAGUUACCAGCUAUAUAGUCUCUUCCAAGAGGCCAUUGUCUCUGCAGGGACCAUGGAGUACCCUAGAAUAUACAUAGAUGGACCCUAUGGUGCAGCUUCUCAAGACCAUAUCAAAUAUGAUAUCGCCGUAUUUAUCGGCCUUGGCAUGGGAGUCACACCUUUCAUUAGCAUCCUCAGAGACAUUAACUGUAUUCAAACACCACAUCAUGAUCAUAACUGCAGAGAAUCCGGUGCUAAAAAUUGCCCAUCAAAAGCCUAUAUGUAUUGGGUUACAAGAGAACAAUGCUCCUUCAAAUGGUUUAGAGAUGUCAUUAAGGAAAUAACAAAAACAAGCCUAAAGCAGGAUGUGAUUGAGAUGCACAACUUCCUAACUAGUGUUCAUGAAGCUGGGGAUGCAAGAUCAACUUUAAUAAGUGCAAUCCAAGCCAUGCAUCAUGCCAAGAAUGGCAUCGACAUUGUUUCACGAACUCAGGUACAAACACAUUUUGCUCGACCCCAUUGGCUCAAAAUCUUUUCAAAUUUGGCACGUCAACAUGGAGGAGCACGGAUAGGAGUUUUCUACUGUGGACCAUUGGAGUUGGCAAGAGAAUUGGAGAGGUUGUGCACCAAACUCUCAACCAAAAACACCACUAGAUUUGUAUUUCAUAAGGAGAACUAUUAGGUGCUUCUUUGACCAAUUCUGGUUUCUUCUACCAAAUUCCAGAAAUUCAAAAAAAAAAGGCAUUACCAACUACAGGGUUUAGUUGUAUUCAGAGAGGGAAAAAAACAAUUAGUUUGCAUCCUUUGCCUCUAGAUGAAUUGAAUGAAAUAAUUGCAUAAAUUUAUUCUA